AUGAUUCUACUACAACUACUUCUAUCUCUAACUUUGCUCUCUCAAUCCCUCGCGGCCGUCCUCCCGCGAUACAGCCAACGUAUCCUCAAUCCGACCUCCAACGACCUCACCAAGAUCUUUACCUUCUCCAGUGACUUUCCCCCGCCAAACAGCGGCAACCUGCAAGUCCACGACCCGAACAUCAUCGAGGAAAAUGACACGCUCUACCUAUUCAAAGGUGGCAUCCACAUCCCCUACUGGAAGGCCUCGAGCAUCUCCGGACCAUGGACAAAAGUCGGUACCGUGUUGAGCAAAGCCAGCGUGAUCAACAAAAAGAACAACAACCGGCCCUGGGCACCAACCGUCACGAAAUACAAAGGACGAUUCUACUGUUUCUACGCCAUCAGCCAAAGCGGCAGCCAGGAUAGUGCCAUUGGGUACGCCUCCACGUCUGACCUUGAAAAGGAGUGGACGGACCAUGGCGCGUUGAUCAACACCGGCUCCGGGGAACAUUCCCAGAUCGCGCCGUACAAGAACACGAAUGCCAUCGAUCCUGCGUUUCAGGUGGAUGAGAAGAGUGGACAGCCGUAUCUCAUCUACGGGAGCUACUGGGAUAACAUUUACAGCUUGCCGCUCCAGGUGGACAAGGAUGGCAAGCUGUCCAUCAAGAAUGAGCAGAAACCAGAUGCAACGCACUUGACGUUUAUGCCUGGGAACUGGAGACCGCAGGAGGGAGCGUACAUGUCAUAUCAUGAACCGUACUACUAUCUCUGGUUCAGUCAAGGGAUCUGUUGCAAUAUGGUUCAGGGGGGGUUUCCGCUCAAGGGGGAGGAAUAUAGUAUCCGAGUCGGUCGAUCGGAGAGCAUAACCGGUCCGUUUAUGGAUAAGUCAGGCAAGAAACUUCUCGAGGGGCACAGUGAGGAGAUCUACGGGUCGAACAACGGGAAUGUCUACGCGCCGGGUGGUGUGGGCGUGUUACCAGGCAACGGCAAGCGAGGGGAUAUUCUCUACCAUCACUUUUUCAAUGGGUCUAUAGGCUUUAAAGACAGUGACACCCAGCUGGGCUGGCAUUAUCUUGAAUACAAGGAUGGAUGGCCUGUCGUCAAGACGCAAGAUCCUCCGGUUAAAGUGCCCGAGCCGAUCAAAUUCACCCUUCCUUCAGUCACAUAUAUGGCUCAGAUGGGUAAAACCUCAUAG